UACCCGGAUGAAGUAAUGGGUUAAGACGAAGAAAUUUAACAAGGGCAGGAUCAUUGUUACCUACUCCUUGUCUUGUCUUUCACUCUGUGCGUGCACGGUGACCAAAUGUAUUGCAGUCCCAAUAGACGGGUUACGUAAACUAAAGAAAAUGCGGACUGCUUAGAAAGGAAGACAAAGAAACAAAGACGAGCAGGAACAUGGCAACACCUUCAACCAUGCAGGUGGAUCUGCACGGACUGUUUGAGAAUAACAACACCUUCGACUAUGAGGAUUAUGAGUACAAGGAGAUCUGUCCGUCCAGCACAGUCUCUGGCGCUUUGGCGGUCUUCAUGCCCCUGCUUUACUCUGUGGGCUUCUUAUGUGGGCUGCUGGGAAACGGACUGGUGCUGGCAAUACUGUGGCUUAAGACGCUGAACCUGAGUGUGAUGGACAUGUUCGUCCUUCUUCUGAGUGUAACAGACAGCCUGCUGCUGCUUACACUGCCUCUCUGGGCUGUAGAUGCGGUUAAGGGAUGGAUCAUUGGCACAGAGCUCUGCAAACUGUCUGGAGUUCUGUUCGAGAUCAAUUUCUACUGUGGUAUCUUCACGUUGGCCUGCCUCAGUGUUGACUACUAUCUGUCCAUCGUCCGUGAAGUACAGCUGUUUUCUCGUAAAAAGCCUGUGGUGGUUUACUGUUGCUGCUUGAUCAUCUGUGUCCUCUGCAUGCUCCUGUCCAUCCCUGAUUUGAUCUUCCUCAGUGCUAUUACAGAUCAGGGUAAACAGGAAUGUAUUCACCAUUAUCCGCCUGAUUCCUGGCGUCUUGCCUCUCGUCUUCCACAUCUUUUUGUUUUACUGGUACUUGUGCUGCUGUUCUGCUUUUCCAUCAUCCUGCUGAAGUUACGGCACAGCUCAAAGUGCCAGCAGAAGAAGAAGGGCCAAAGCACAGCUAUCAUUGCAGCCCUCGUGCUGGUUUUCUUUAUCUGCUGGACACCCUACAGCAUUACCUUCAUUGUGAACACUUUUCAGUCAAUGGAUAGCGUCUCUUCAGCAGUGGAAGAAGACUGUGAAGGGAGGCAGUGGACAGCUAGCAAAAUAACAGCAGUUUUUGGGCUUCUCCAUUGCGUUGUUAAUCCUGUUAUUUACUUCUGUCUCUCCAAAGAGUUCCGGCGUCGCGUACUGACUGUGAUAAAGUUCAGUGCUUGUAAAAUGGAGAGUAAUGAUGUUUCGCUUUGGGACUCUAGUGGAGUAAAUGGUAAUGCUUCUGUCCAGGAGGAACAAGGUUCACUUCAACCUAUGAAUGACAUUAAACAAACAAUAAAAACCCAAGAUCAUGAUAUAUGAAAGCAUGGAUCAUAAAACAUUCACUGAUGGACGUUCUGUAUCUCCUAAUUCCUCAAAUGUAUGGUAUGCAUUCUUCAUUUAACGUGAGCAUUUAAUAGAUAUCACUAAGUAUGAAAUAACCCAAUGAUGGAUGAUGUCCUUUUAAAGGUUUCUGUACAUGUAUUCUGGAGAAUUCUCUCAUUAUGGAUGAUAAAGGAUGAAAUGAAAAAGAUGGACAUUAAAUGAAAGAAGGACAUGAAAUGCUGGCCAACUCAUUUGCACUUUAAUUCUGUUUGUUUUCAUCAGUAAAAUGAUCAUACUGGGAAUUAUUUAAUUUUAUUUGGUCAAAUAUUAUAUUUAUUUAUUUUUGUUGUGCUGUGUGAAUAUUUUUGGAAUCAUGUUCUAGAACAAUGUUCUUAGUAAUGGACUGAAAUUAUCAGCCAAUAUUUGGCCAUUAGCCGGUUCUGUGCCUACUUGCUUGAUCAACAGAUGUCUUCAUUCCCACUCAAUUACAAAAUCAUUGU